UGGCUCCCGGCUGAUCUCUGCGACAGACUCCGCCCGCGCACCGAGGCGUCGGACCGCGUGGGAGAUGUGGGGCAGGGAUGCGGGAAACGCGCCCCGCGGGAGCCGCCCGCAGCGGAGCUCCGAGCGCUCAGGCGAGGGACGGUCACUGUGCCAUGGGCCAUUGCACGAGGGGGAGGAGGAGAGCAAGUUACAGGCAGCCUCAAUGUACUCAGAGAUCCAGAGGGAGCGGGCAGACAUUGGGGGCCUAAUGGCCCGGCCAGAGUACAGAGAGUGGAACCCAGAGCUCAUCAAGCCCAAGAAGCUGUUGAACCCCGUGAAGGCCUCCCGGAGCCACCAGGAGCUGCACCGUGAGCUGCUCAUGAACCACAAAAGGGGCCUUGGCGUGGACAGUAAGCCAGAGCUGCAGCGUGUCCUGGAGCAUCGCCGCCGCAACCAGCUCAUCAAGAAGAAGAAGGAGGAGCUGGAGGCCAAGCGGCUUCAGUGCCCCUUUGAGCAGGAGCUGCUGAGACGGCAGCAGAGGCUGAACCAGCUGGAAAAACCACCAGAAAAGGAAGAGGAACAUGCCCCAGAGUUUAUCAAAGUCCGGGAAAACCUGCGGAGAAUCGCCACCCUGGGCAGUGAGGAGAGGGCGCUGUAGAGUGGCUGCUGGGCACUGCCCRCCCUGCGCUCCCUGGCCCAGGCUCCUCCAGCCCCCUGCGCCUGGCUGCCCUGGGCUGUCCAUGAUGUUCACACCUGCUCCCUUAGAAAUGGGUCCCCCCAGGGUGCCUGGCUCACCCUGGGAAGCUGGGGACCCCGAGCUCCCACACUGUUCCUUCCGAGCGUCCAUGUCUCCUGCCCCAAGAGGAAUUCACUGCCAGGAAAACCUUCUCCAAGGGACCCCUCCCUGAUCCUGAGCCCUGCCCAGGAAACUACCCUGGCAGAAUUGGAAAAGAAGGACAGGUCCCCUCUGUGUCCUGCCAAGUCCUCCAUUCUGCCCAGGACUGUCCACCGGGAGACUCCAGGGCCCCAUGGGGCCCUGCCUCUCAGAGUAGCCCAGCUCCUAGGCCCAGAAAAUUCUGGCUGCGGUUUUACCUAAGGUCAGGUGAGGAGCAGAUAAGCAGAGCUUAGCCUGGGGAAUGCCUGCUUUGGAAGCCACUGAGCAGAGAAAGGCUAAUCUGUCCACAAUGAGCGAGGUCCCCAGGAGGUCAGAUGGUGAGGGGGGAAGGGUACUAACCCAGACAGCCUUUUAGGGUUUGCAGGCUCUGCCCCAUGCCCUGCUUGUUCCUCCUCCACAGCCCACCCUACCUGGGCCUUGGAACCACACCUGGCAGGGAUACAGCAUUCCCGGUCCCAGUUUAGAAAAGCGCYUCACAAAAUUUACUGUGCAUACUAAUCACUGGGGAUCUCUUUUAAACACAGCUCCUGGGACUGGGUGCAGUGGCACACGCCUGUGAUCCCAGAGACUCUGGAGGCUGAGACAGGAGGAUUGCCAGCCUUAGCA